AUGUAUGAAAAACCCAAAAAAAAUCCAAAAAACAAUCCCUUUUCAGGCUCCAAAAAUCGAAAAAUCGACGUUCACGCGCAUGUCCUGCCAAAGAACAUUCCUGAUUUUCAGGAGAAAUUCGGCUACCCAGGAUUCGUGCGUCUCGACCAUAAGGAUGACGGUACUACUCAUAUGAUAAAAGAUGGAAAGUUGUUCAGAGUCGUAGAACCCAACUGUUUCGAUACGGAGACUCGAAUUUCCGAUAUGGAUAAGGCGAAUGUAAAUGUGCAGUGUUUGAGUACGGUUCCAGUGAUGUUUUCUUAUUGGGCAAAACCAGAAGACACUGAAGUCGUCGCUCGUUUCGUUAACGACGACUUGCUAGCUGAAUGCCAGAAAUAUCCGGACCGUCUGAUUCCACUUGGCACUUUGCCAAUGAAUGAUGUGCAGAGAGCAAUUCAGAAUCAGCUAGUCGAGACGCUUCGAAUGAGUAUAAUCAUGACUGGGUUCUGA